CAUAUUGCCGGAGCCUGCUUAGUAACCUCAGGCGGCUGUGGUCUCCGGUAACAGGGACGCUUCAGCGGACGGGUUAGGAAAAUCAGUCCUUGAGUUUAUCACAGGCAGAUGUUUCUGUACAGGUGAUGUGUUGACGGUUUCCUAUCUCUGGUUGACGCCCCCUUCGUCAAGGAAAAGAGGCGGAGCGAAAUCGAGUGUGACGUCAAGGUUUAAAGAGCCAGCUCCCGAGCUCCACGUUGCUGACAGGGAGGCCGUGAUGAGCGCAGUGACCGGGACACCGUGAGCGGAUUCAUGUGUGACACAGCGAGGACAGCUGCCCGGCAAGAAACCAUCAUGACUCGUACGUGGGUCCUUCUUGCCUCCAUGCUGCUGGGGAUUGUAGUUCUGAGCUCCUCGGCCUCUGGAGAUCAGCUGAGCGCAGCUUCCUUCCUGCAGGACGUAUUGCAGAGAUAUGGAGAGAAUGACACCCUCUCAUUGAUGCAGCUACAGACCCUACUGGGAAGACUGGAAGUUGGUAGAGUGGUCAAGGAGUCCCACAACAUAUCACAGUGUCUCAGCGCCUCUGCCCUAUUCUCCACCCAUAACCUUACCUCGGACUCUACGGUCGAUGCGGAGGGUCUCCAAAGUCUCUGUCCGUCAAUCUUGCAACAGUUGGAAGCCAAAGCGUGCCAGGGGAGCACCGUCCUUCUCAAUGACACCGAACCUGAGGGAAGACCCAGCAGUGGAGAAGUCUGGGGUUUUGGGUUGGCAGCAGUCACCGUGAUCAGCCUGUCCUCUCUCCUGGGAGUGUUCUUUGCCCCGUGCAUGGGUAAACCGAUCUUCCGACGACUUCUUAUUUAUUUCAUCGGCCUGUCCAUCGGCACGCUGCUGUCCAAUGCUCUCCUGCAGUUGAUCCCGGAGGCAUUCGGCUUUAACCCACUGGAGGACGCCUACAUAUCCACGUCCGCGGUCAUCUUUGGGGGGUUUUAUCUUUUCUUUUUCACUGAAAAAGUCCUGAAGAUGCUUCUGAAGCAGAAACAUGAGCACGGGCACAGUCACUACACGGCAGAUACUAGUAAACGGGAUGCCGAAGAAGGAGUGACUGAGAAGCUACAAAAUGGCGACCUGGAUCACAUCAUUCCUCCACCAGGGGGGAGCGAGUCUGACCUCCAACACCUCGGAGAUGAGAAGGUUGUGGUUGGGUCCCUGGCUGUGCAGGACCUCCCGGGACAGCAGAGCUCUUGUUAUUGGCUCAAAGGGAUUCGGUAUUCUGACAUUGGCACCCUCGCCUGGAUGAUCACACUCAGUGAUGGACUCCAUAACUUCAUUGACGGCUUGGCUAUAGGAGCCUCGUUUACAGUGUCUGUCUUUCAGGGGGUCAGCACGUCCAUUGCCAUCCUGUGUGAGGAGUUCCCCCAUGAGCUUGGCGACUUUGUCAUUCUGCUGAAUGCUGGGAUGAGCAUCCCUCAGGCUCUCUUCUUUAACUUCUUGUCUGCUUGCUGCUGCUACCUCGGCCUGGCUUUUGGGAUCCUGGCUGGCAGCCACUUCUCUUCUAACUGGAUCUUCGGCUUGGCUGGAGGGAUGUUUUUGUACAUUGCUCUUGCUGAUAUGUUUCCAGAGAUGAAUGAAGUCAGUAAAGAGGAUGAAGAAGGAGGACGUCCGCUUACUCCCUUUCUCAUACAGAAUGCUGGACUGCUCACUGGAUUCGCCAUCAUGCUACUACUGACAACAUUCUCUGGUCAGAUCCAACUGGGAUAGUCCGGGCAAAGAGGCUCUCUUGAUUCCUACAACUUCUCCGUCUUGCUUUUUGAGAAAGAAAUUGGAUUGAAGGAAGAGGAGAAUGUUCUAGCAGUGUUACUCUCCUGGAGAGCUUCCAAGAUGUCAGUAAGUGCUGCCUUUUCCCCAGUGAAGACCGUCCUGCUACAUACAUGGUGGCCCAUCCCAUGUCCAUGGUGGUGAUCUUGGACAAAGGAGCUUCAGGGGUUACUGCUGACUUACCUAAUGUGAUUCCAUUACGAGGCCUGUUCCAAAUCCGUCAUCCCCAAGACCAGUAAUAUGUUGCUCUCCUUUUUUACACCAAUCUCUGAAAUGGAGAUUCUGUUUUUAAAAUGUUUUUAUCUUAUCAUAUUGAUAAGUGGAUUAUAUUCCUCCAUAGAAAAAAAAGCAAAAACUGACCAAAUCAAUUGAACAAAAUGAGUGAUAUUUUUGUUUUCGUUUUUCCUGUGCAGAAAAGGUGACAACCCUUCUGCCGAUGGAGCCGUUCCGAACACUAAUUCAUUGAUACGUUACUGUAGCCGUUCCGUCAUCUGUUUACCCGGCAAUUUCUUUGAACUGAAUGAGAGUUGUAGGUUACAGAGAACAACUACACUGACCGGACCUAAUAUCUCUCCUGUGGCUGCUGUCUCGACACCUUAAUAGUGUUUUGCUUUAUCUUGAUGUACAAGGAAGAAGAGAACUAGAGAGCUUAUUGCACACAACGUAGCAUUGGCCGCCCUAUGUUUAUAAGCUAGCUCUGGGGCAAUAGCACAUGAUUUACAGUAAUAGCACAGUAGGGAUCAUCCCGUGAUGGAGUAGAUUUGCACAUUUUUGGUAUUUGUGUGAAUGUUAUUCAUAGUUAUGGUAAAUGUGAAAGUUGAUCAGGCACUUCAUAUGCAACGCUAUCCCAAUUAUGGCUCCAGUUACCCUGGUGUAACU